AUGGGUUUUACACUUCGACCACCUCGGAGGCACUCACUGUCAACUGCAACAGGCUCAUUCCAAAAACAGUUUCGACCGCUCACACAAAAACGGGUUGAUCAGAUAAAAGCAGCAAUUGGUUCAGUUGUAGAUCGUUAUGAGGAUGUCGUCCCAAUUCUUCCUAAAGGCGUAAAUGGGGUUAACGCGUAUGAACUGCAGGAUCUUCUCACAAAUGUACCUGAACCAGAUAUUGCCAAUAUUGAGAAAACUAUCAGGGUCUCAUGCAACUAUGCCAACGACGACGACAGUUCUAGAAAAGAUUCUGGGUUGUGCGUUGUUGUCAAUUAUAACUUUUGGGCUAGCUUGAGAAUAGGUAGAGAUGACGAGCUUGUUGAAGCUCUUAAAGCGGAGAUGGUAGAGCCUGACAACUUUUUCGACUUCAAAUAUAUCCUCAUUUUAGUCCCUAUAAUAGGGGGGUUGGAAAACCACUUAUCACUAGUGGCAAUAUCUCCGAAGAAUAAAACGAUUGACUAUUUGGAUAGCUCUCCAACACCGUUUCGAAAUUCUGGAGAUGAAGCCGAAAUAUUCCCGAGGGUCUUCAAUUUUCUCGCUCGUUAUCUCGGGCGACGAUUCGUAUGGCCAACGUGGAAAAUCCGCCGUUAUGCAUCAGCUACUCAACCCACCAAGAAUUUUGAAUGUACAGCAUACGUCUUGGCAAAUGCAACUUGCCUAGCGUUUGGAUAUUCUCUAAUUUAUGACCUAUACUGUAAUAUGCUUAACAGACGUCAAAGAGCAGCGUCCGAGCUUUUAAAUGGGGGUCUUGGGCCUUACACGGGAGAUAGCUCUGAUGCACUAGAGUUUGCUAACGAAUUCACUUACGAAUUCGGAAACGAAGACGAAAAGCCUACUUCCCAAAUUGGAUUUCACGAGUUAGAAGAAGACAUCGUUAAGACCUUGCCUCUUGCCGUCCAGAAUAAUAGAGGUACUUAUCGAGAUGUUACUGACAUCCAAGGACUUCUUAGUGUAGCUGCUUUAGUCCACGAUGAUACUCAUAUGAAGAUUUUGAGAAGAUGGUGCGAAGUCCCAAGACGCAAUCUGAUUGACUGUGUAGGAAUGGUGGAGCUGUUUGAUCGCCGCCUCCUGCAAGGUGGCCAAAGGGAUACUGAGGAGGAUGUUCUUGACGUGGACCUGCGUGGCACGCCCCGAGCCUUGAAGAGUAUGUUCAACAUCCACAGACUGAAGAAUGUAGCGGAUCUGACACUACUUUCAGGAACCCUUUCAGGUCCUAAGGGCAGAGAGCCUAUAAAUAAAUAUAGUAAAACCCACUUGCAAUUAAAUUACUACCACAUAAAAUUGCUAACACUUGUCUCAAGGAAAACGAGAGAUUUUGAAACCUGCGAAGGUAGAGAGGAAUGGAAUAGCAAAAUCGACUCGGAAAAGGAGCAGCUUUUGAGAAUGAAAGGAUCUGUAGUUCGAAUCAAGAGCGAUUGGCAAGCACACGUGUGA